AUGCCACUGGACCCCGCCGUCGCCGGGCCUUCCCCGCCGGAUCUCGCCUCCUCGUCUCCUCCUCAAGCCGCUCGCCGGAGCCGCCUCGCCUUCCUCUUCGUCAUCGACCGCGUCCCCGUCGACCACCCCGAGCCUCCCCGAGCACGCUGCCAUUCCCCUACACCGGUUGUGAGCGCAUCCUCUUCUAUCCCCAUCACCGUCGCCCGUUCCGUUGCGCCGUCUGGAUCGCCGAACGCCACCACGGCCACCGCACCGUACCGCCUCGCCCCCUCACGCUCGCACACGAUCUGGCCUCGACCGUGUCCUCCACGCCCAUGUGCGUCCGGCGCCCGCGCUCACGGCAACUUGCCCGCGCGACCCCGCUCCGCCUUGCCGCCCGCUCGCGGUGGCCUCGGGCCCUGCUUGCCCGUGUUGCCGCGCCGGGGCUGCGCCUUCCGCCGCCCCCUGCAGCCUGUAGCCGCCGGCGCCUACCGCGCUCCCCCGCGCCUGCCGAAGGCCGCCACGGCUCGUCUCGCCGGCGCGCGUGCCCCGGAACUCCCCACGCCCGACCCCGUCGCCCCUGGUGCCCGUCGCCACCAUCGCUCCGCCAUCGCCAAGAUGCCUCCGAUGCCAUUGGACCCCGCCGUUGCCGGGCCUUCCCCGCCGGAUCUCGCCUCCUCGUCUCCUCCUCAAGCCGCUCGCCGGAGCCGCCUCGCCUUCCUCUUCGUCGUCGACCCCGUCCCCGUCGACCACCCCGAGCCUCUCAGAGCACGCUGCCAUUCCCCUACACCGGUUGUGAGCGCCUCCUCUUCGAUCCCCAUCACCGUCGCCCGCUCCUUUGCGCCGUCCAGAUCGCCGAACGCCACCACGGCCACCGCACCGUACCGCCUCGCCCCCUCGCGCUCGCACACGAUCUGGCCUCGACCGUGUCCUCCAUGCCCGUGCGCGUCCGGCGCCCGCGCUCACGGCGCCUUGCCCGCGCGACCCCGCUCCGCCUUGCCGCCCGCUCGCGGUGGCCUCGGCCCCUGCUUGCUCGUGCUGCCGCGCCGGGGCUGCGCCUUCCGUCGCCCCCUGCAGCCUGUAGCCGCCAGUGCCUACCGCGCUCCCCCGCGCCUGCCGAAGGCCGCCACGGCUUGUCUCGCCGGCGCGCGUGCCCCGCAACUCCCCACGCCCGGUGCUGCUCCCAGCAGAACUGAUGCACCAACCUUGCCAGGCCUCUCUGCCAUCAAAGCCACCAUGACGCCAGACAGCUUCCACCUCCUGCGUGAGUCCAUCUCCACGCAUCAGACGCCAAGUCUCCACAGCGCCACGCCGCUGAGAACUGCCACCAUCAAUGUGGAAGAUGAAGCACCUCUCCACUAG